UUUUUAGACUUGUUUUGGGUUGCAAUCGUGUCACAUAGGCCAGACAGAACAGUGGAAUUCCUGAAGACAAUCGCUUGUCGCAAUUUUCGAUUCUCGGUGCUCAGCAACGUUGAAAGUUUUCAGUUUCGGUUGGAAGCCAAUUGACCAGUGGAAAAUGGCAGAUGAACAGGAGAAGAAAGCGGGCCAUCCGCCAGCAGUUAAAGCAGGAGGCAUGCGAAUUGUCCAACAUAAAACUCCACAAACGGAACGACCACCAAAAGAUGCAGAAGACUGUACAGGACUGACUCCUCCUGUCAAUAUAACUCCAAAUGCUAUGAGCAUUAGCGGUGCACCAGCACGAGGUAAUUCCGAUUAUUCGCCACAAGCCGCACAAGUUGCUCAUUCACCGAAGCCUCCUAAAGAGGUUCCAAUUAAGCCACAUGUUAACAUUCAACAACCUCGGAAGUAGAUAUCAAGAAGGGAAGGGAACACUACCAUAACCUUCGAUUCCUGGUUUAAAAGACUUGUUCAUUCCGGUUUGCGUUUAUAAACACUUUAUUGUUCCACAUAUACACAUUCGCGCCUGUAACACAGUUUUUCAAGCACAUUUGUAAGUUUAAAUUCACGUAAAUGAAACAGAAUAAUUUUUGUUGAAGUAACUAUUCGGAGUUGGUGUAAAGUGUGCUAUAUUGAAGUCGGUUGUUCCUUUCGUAGCAACUAGGACAGUUCGCUUUUCUAAAUUUGCCUUUUAGUUCGUAUAUGACUUAUCGUAGAGUUAGAAGUUGUCAUUGUGCUUUAUUCCUUGAAUCAUUCGGUUUGGCUGAAGUUACCUGAAAUUAGUAAUGCGGCCACCAUGCUUGAAAUACAACUAUGUUUCCCUUGUUUAUCUUUGUCCUUUUAAGAAAAUGUCACAAUUAUUAAUGUGUGCUCUUUCGUGAUCCUAACUUUGCUUAUUUCCAUUUUUUUUAAUGAAGAAAUCGACUUAAUUCGAAAAGGUUGUUAUCAAUAAUAAUAGUAAUAAUGUCGUAGUCAACUAUAGGCAUUGUAAGUUUUUUACAAUCUGUGGUAAACCUGUUGUAAACAGAUAAUCUUCAAUUCAAUGUAUUUUAAAUCUUUUCUUUUUUAAAAAUGAAUAUCCUUUGAGUCCCGGUUAGGGUUUAUAUAAUUUUUUAUCUCUUUGAAAAUCAUGCAAACGACUAGGAGUUGAAAGAAAAAGAAAUAAAAACUAGAUUAUGUUAAAACUGAAUACAUUGAAAAGUUUACAUAUUUUAAUAAAGUUUUGUAUUUGAUUGUAA